AGGAAAUGCCAGUGUACUGUCUUUUCCUGUCUGCUACAGUUAACCGAUUCUCACUUGUUGAUAGCACUCAGUAAGGGCAGAUUGAAAAUGGCUUUCCAAACUGAUAAGUAUUUGAACUUCUAUCUAGUUGGUAUUUUGCUAUUGACACAAAUGUAUACUUUUUGUCUAGCAGCAUGUAAAUGCGAGAGUGCGGAUAUGAAGAUGGCCUGUGAUAGAUAUGGACUUACCAGCAUUCCACGAUGUCAUCAUUUAAAUCCAGCAGUCAGACAAAUUAAUUUGUCUGGUAAUCUCAUAAAGUCUAUCGGACCGUCAGAUUUCACACUCUUUCCAAAGCUGAAUGUCUUGGAUCUUCAAUGGAAUUCUAUAAAGGUAAUUCCAUGCACAACAUUUUGUUUGCUGAGCAACUUGACAGAGCUUAAUUUGGGAAACAACCAGAUCUCUUCACUAGACUGUCAAAUUUACUCUGGACUCAAAGGAAAUUUCUCUCUGGAUUUAUCCUACCAACAUUGUUAUAAAAACCCAGCGGAUACAUUUGAUGGACUAGACCACCUUAUAAAACUGAGACUCAGCAGCAACAUGCUGACAACUCUGCACAGCAGAUCAUUUGCAGGCUUAAAAUCUUUACAGGCUCUUUACUUGGAAAACAAUCAGAUUAAGGUCUUGGCAAGAGAUACCUUCAGAGGAAUUUACAAUGUAAAUGAACUGGAUCUCUCAGGCAACAAGCUGGUUCUAAUCAAGUCGUCGUAUUUUAAAGGGUUAUCAAAAUUGGAAGUGCUGAAAUUAAAUGGAAACAAUAUCCUCAGGAUAGAAAGGAACACCUUCAAACACUGCAAACACAUCACAGAAAUAGACCUGUGUGACAAUUCACUCACAGAGAUAGAGCAGUCUGCUUUUCGUGGUUUAUCACAUCUGAAUAUUUUGAAGCUAAACAACAAUAAAAUCUUAACACUGGAUCCUCAGGUAUUUGAGAGCGACAUUCAGCUGUUGUUUCUAGGUCUGACCGAGAACCCAUGGAACUGCAGUUGUGAACUGCUUCGGCUAAAACAAUGGCUGGAAUUCACCGGCAGCACAGUUGUCACUGUGUUUGUGAAGUGCUCUCAACCAGAAACUCUGAGAGGGCAGUACCUGGAUGUCAUGAGCAGUGCACUGACCCGGAGCCUGGGGAGCGUGUGCAGCGAUGCAGAGCUCCUUGUCCGACCUAGAACUAGCGAGUCCACCAGAAGCACAUGGAUGACAAAACAAGAUGUCUUCAGUAGUGAGAACCUUCGUGCUCAGAGAAGGGUUGGAAGGACUGUUCCGAGGUGGGCUGUCAAGCGCACACACAGGGGUGUGGAUAUGCUGCAGUACCAGGAGCAACCAGCAGAUGCCACACAGAAAAGACCCGCAGCAAUAACCACAGGCAAUGGAACCUUAAUCAGUGCACCCCAAGUCAAAAACAUAACUGAUGCAUGUGCUUAUAAUGAACAGAUUCUCAUCAAUCUGGAGACAGUUACAGUCACCUCAAAUUCUGUAUUCUUAAAAUGGGCCGUGACCGGAAAAGCCUACGCAGGUGCUUAUUUCAGAGUCAUGUAUGACCAGUUUGACACCAAGACAAAGUUCAGCCGUUUUGUCAACAUCAAGCCGGGCAUGGCUUGUACACUGGGUGACCUGAGGCCUCUGACUCCGUACUUCAUGUGCGUGGAGAGCGUGGUUGACGACCGCGUCUGCCCGGUGGCCUCUCGUGACCUCUGCGUGGGUGUGGUGACGGGGGCCGAGGUGGCGCCGGGCCCCGAGCCGCAGAGCCUCAUUCUCAUCUUCACCUUAAUCAACAGCCUGGCCAUCGUGGCCAUCUUCGCCGUGCUCGCUGGCACGGGACUGGCACUGAGACGGCAGAAUGAUGCGGCGAGUCUGGUUUAUGCCCAGAAUAGAUGUGGGUCGUGUGCCAUGUGCGCCGUCCAGAUGUCCGAUUUCAACUCCGCCGUGAACACCAACAGCUCCCACACUGGAACAUACCAGCCCAAUGAUAUGGAUGCCAUAGACAUGCCACCUGGUCACUGA